AUGCGCCAAGAUGAGUCAGGAACGCUGCUUCUUGAUAGUGUAGCUAACGCUAGGUAUCAUGAAGGUAGCCGUGAUAGAGAUAGAGAUUUUGUUGCUUCUUCUUCGUCUAAAGACGCAGAUGUUCGGAGUGCUAGCACUACUCCAGCAGGUUUGGGGUAUAGCACGGUUAGUUUUCCGGAGAAUGAGCGAAUCAGUUGGAAAAGCACAAUUCCUUACUACCUACCUUGCUUCUCAUGGAUCCCUUCGUACUCAUUGAAGAAGUGUAUGGGUGACUUUGUCGCCGGUUUGUCUUUGGCGUCGUUCCAGAUCCCAUUGGCCAUGUCGUACGCGACUUCGGUAGCCCAUGUGCCUCCACUAUGCGGGUUGUAUUCCUUAGUGUUUGCUCCAACGGUGUACACGAUUCUGGGUUCAGUUCCACAAAUGAUCGUAGGUCCUGAAAGUGCUAUUUCUCUUAUUGUAGGCCAGGCUGUGGAAGCACGCCAUUCAAAAGACCCUACCGUCAAGGCAAUCAAUAUAUGUUUGGUCGUAACGUUUAUCUCCGGUUUAGUGCUACUAGUAGGAGGACUGCUUAGAUUGGGGUUCUUGGAGAACGUAUUGAGCAGAGCUCUACUCAGAGGCUUUAUUAGUGGUGUUGGUAUCAUUAUGGUGAUUACGUCGUUGGUUAUUGAGUUGAAGUUGGAACAUGUCACUCCCAUCAAACAAGAACACUAUCACUCUCCAUUCGAGAAAGUAAUAUUUAUUGUCAAAUACGGUCCACAAAACUAUCAUAAGCCUACUGCGUUAGUGAGUCUUGCAGCUUUUGUCCUUCUAAUGGGUAUGCGUAUCUCAAAAAAGCACUUGAGUAAAAGGUUUAAGUGGCUCAUCCUAUUCCCAGAUAUCUUAACGGUGGUUUUACUGUCGAUCAUUAUAUCAUAUAAGAUGCAUUUGAAAUCCAAGUAUGGCAUUGAAAUCGUGGAUGACAUUCCAAACAACUCAUUGAAACAUCUGAAGAAUCCCUUAUCAUCUGCAAACUUAUCGUCUUUCAAGGAUUUAUUCAGUACCGGUUUUAUGGUUGCUAUGUUGGGAUUCUUUGAAUCUACGACUGCUUCUAAAUCUCUAGGCACCAGUUAUAACUUAGCAGUCUCUUCCAAUAGGGAAUUAAUUGCUUUGGGCUCAACAAACGUUGUGGGUUCCGUAUUUGCAAUCUUGCCUGCAUUUGGAGGGUAUGGGCGUUCCAAGAUUAACGCAUACAGCGGGGCUAAAACGACAAUGUCAGGUCUUUUCAUGGGAAUUGUCACUUUAUUUACUAUUCAGUUUCUCUUACCUGUGAUCAGGUAUAUUCCAGUCUGUGUUCUUUCGGUUAUAACGACUGUAGUGGGCCUAACUUUGCUAGAAGAAGCCCCUCAUGACCUGAAGUUUCACUGGAGGUGUAAAGGUUAUCCAGAGUUGAUCAUAUUUACAGUCACGCUUCUUGCAACAUUGUUCUACUCUUUGCAAGCGGGUAUCUACAUCGGAUGUGCGUGCUCUAUUAUUAACGUAAUUAAGCAUUCCGCUAAGUCAAGAAUCCAGAUAUUGGGAAGAAUAACUGGAACAGACACCUUCGUUAAUGCCGAUGAAUACCUUGCUAGUACAUCUGAGUAUUGUGUAAGCUCUCAAGUUGAAGAGAUUGAAGGAUGUUUAAUCGUGAGGAUUGCAGAGCCGUUAACUUUUACAAAUGCGGAUGACUUGAAGAUGAGAUUGCACAGAUUAGAAAAACAUGGUUCCGCAGUAACUCAUCCGGCAGCUCCUAGAUCUCGUAAAGAAGAAAUGACAGAGAAUAUUAUAUUUGACUUAAAAGGAAUGACCAAUAUCGACUCUUCUGCUGCUCAAACCUUACAAGAAAUUGUCAUGGCAUACAAAAGGAAGAAUGUGCACAUAUUCUUAAGAGGUGUACGAAUGUCAGAAAAAGUAAGAGGUAGGCUUUUGAAUUCUGGAAUAGCUGAGAUGGUUGAGAAAAAUCCGGCUACAAAUACUUAUUAUUUCGAUACUAUUGAAGAUGCGCUAGCAGCUGUUGAUAACUUGUCGCAAAGACAUAACCAUCAAUCCCACACACCUCCAAUUAGUACUUUUUCAGAUACUUUGUUGAACUCUUCAAUGCCAUGA